AGAGCGAACAAAGGACCAUUAAAUCCAGUUGAUUCGUUUAGAUAUAAGGUGGAGGAAAGAAUAGAAUGUAGCCAGUCUAGAAAGGUUCGCUACACACAAAGAGAGGACAAUAUCUUGUCAUUAGGAGUACCAUUAGAAGCCAUUCUUAAUAAAGRCGAGUUUGAUGCUUACGAGGUUAAAAGGAAACAAGCUGAGGAAAAGAAGGAACGUUUAGAUCCUAGCGAGAUGGUCCGACCAAGAAUAUCGCUGUCAGCAUGCCUUGAAGCCUUUGCUUCACCAGAAACCGUACAAGACUUUUACAGUCCAGCAAUUAAUGCCAAGACCACUGCACUUAAGUAUGCUUGA